AUGUCCAUUAACAGACACCCGAUUCUCAACCCCGGACUCCUCCCCCGAAAGCCCUCUUCCCAGCCAAGUCGGCCCGGCACUAUCAUCCAGCGUCCUAACAGAAGACCCCGUACUCCCCCCCGCCGCAACCUCAACCAACCUCCCAAGAAUCGCAAACUCAAGCCUCAGCUUGAUACUAUACGCCACCGGCUUAAACAUAACCUGCAGCGCAAACAGCCCCGCAUACUGAAAGACCACAACCACAAUAUCCAGCAGGAGGAUGAUGACAUUGAUCGCAAGGAGCUGCGUGAGAAUGACCUUGUGCGCGCGCUGCGGCCGCAGCCGCAGCAACUUGAACGUUUCCCAGAUGUAGAUCGACGAGAGGAAGCACUCCUGCAGACAGAAGACGACGAGCUGGAUGCGCUCGAUGAUCGAGUACCCGUUCACAAACACGCGGCGCGUAUGGCUGGCGGGCCGCACGGCGCCGUACAUGAGCACGGUCGUGGGGAUCUGCAUGCAGAUUGCGUUGGCGAUGAUGGCGUAGAGGAUCCCGCGCAGGAGGCCCGGGCUGUGCAGGACCAGGUGCAGGCGCGACCAGAGCACGAUCGAGUGGCCCGUUACCAUGCAGUAGGGGGUCAGGUUCGUGAAGAAGAGGAGGGUGAAGCCGACGGUGUUGACGAUCAGGCUGCAGGAGGAGAUGAGUAA